AUGGGUUCUUGUGCGACGGGUUUAAUAGUCCUGGCAACGAUUCUAGGACCAGUGACUCUAGUUUUCUUAGCCGUUUCCUUUGGAACAGACAAUUGGUUGGUGUAUACAGUCAAAAGAGAUAAACUAUCAGCAGCAGAAAGAUCAGAUUCACAAAGUAAUGUAGCCUUAGCCAAAUAUACCCAUACAAGACAGAGAGGAUUGUUCCGAGAAUGUUAUCCAGGAAACGACACCUUAUUUUUGGACAAAGCCGACGAUAAAGUAGAUGGGUAUUGCUUUAACAUUAAAUAUGAACUUCCACAAAAUGAAGAGUCGUCAUCAGACUUCACAGCUCGACUUCAUUUAUUGAGAUCUUUCCUCGCAUUCUACAUCAUUGCCUUGGUGUUCUUCGUCGCUGCCUAUAUAUUUGGUCUGGUAUUAUGUUGUUGGAGAAUAUCUAGAUGGGCCUAUAUCGCUGGUUUAUGUGCCUACAUUGCAGCAUUCAGUACAGCAGCUGCCAUUGCCUUUUUCCAUGGUGCCGAAUAUAUUGAAAGAAACAAAAUAGAGAAUAAAAACGAGUUCUACAAGAGUUGGUCAAGUACCAUCAAAGAAGCCACUACCCGAACAUACGGAUGGUCCUAUGCUUUAGGUUGGGUUGGUAUGAUACUUGCUGCUUUCACUGCCACAUUUUACUCCUUAGCUGGUUGUUACAUUACCAGUGAUCGCUAUGAAGAUUCUAGAGAAAUAAUGGAAAAGAGAGGUCAUUAUGGACGUGAUUAUCCAAUGGUGGUUGGAGAACCAGUUUACGCUGUUGAAGAACCUUACUAUGGUCAGAAAGGUUAUUACGGAUAUCCACGAGGAGGUUAUGUUGGUCCAUAUGUUUAUGAACGUCCGGUAUUAGAAAGAUCUAUUGCUCCUAGCACUUAUGGUCCUCAUGAGUCUUGGCAAUGGAGAGAGGUUUCUAGUUAAAUGUGACGGGUUUCUGUAGUUUUAUUCAAAUUUAUUUAAAUCAAAACGAAAGCGUAUAAAUUACUGAUGUAAAUGGUUUUUGACUUUUUUUUGUUUUAGAAAGGGUAAAAUAUGCAGCCUAACAAACAUUUUAUGUUAAUGUCAAUGACGCAAAGUAAAUUGUUAAUAUUUUUGUAAUUUUUAAUGGUUAUUAGAUUAUUAGAUCUGACAUAUGAAUAUUUUUUUCAUCAUUUGUAAAUUAGCAUUUAACAUCUAGGCUUUAUCUUUUAGUAAAUUUUUGUAUAAAGCAUCAUGGAAAGUAAUAACGCUAGAUUUAAUGAAAAUAUUAUAACGGUAUAUACUGCUUUGACUAGGAUGUAGCACAAUUGGUGCAGUUCCGUUUCCACUUUCAAAAAUAUCCGAAACCUUAGAAUUUAUACAUGUUGUAUUUCAAAUUUAGAUUUUUGAUAUAUUAAAGUAAUUAUUGGGAUGUAAGGAACUACUUAAACAGUGAAUGAUUUUUAGUUUUAUCCAAGAGCAAUGUCAAAUAUGAGCGUUUAUUAGCAGCAUUAUUAAUUUCGAAAUCGUUUCUAUAUUGCAAUUUCAUAUUCUAUCCUGUCACACUGAAUGCGAAACUUUUGUAUAUUGUAUAUUUAUGUAUUUAACAUAAUGUAUUCUUUAUUCUAUAACCAAUAUUAAGCAAUAUGUUAACACACGGAGCCCCAGAGCACCUUACAAUGUUCAAAAUAAGUUGAAUUGUACAUAAUUUUUUUUAUAUAUUUUAUGUUAUACUUGUUAUUUUAGUAGAAGACAUUUAAUACAUUUUAGUAUCAUAAUAUAGUUAUAUAUAAAAUUGUGAACCUUUUGAUUCCAAUUGAGUACUUACCAUGCCGUAAGUAGGCAUAAAGCGUCUUUUGAUUGCGAAAUCCUUAAAGACAACUGGUUUAGGAAUGGAGGAUAAUAUUUCUAUCUAUUUACUUAGGACGUAUGCACUAUGUAAGGAAUAAUAUCUGAAAAGGGAGACAACAACAAAAACACUACGCUGCCUGUUUGUCCAGUAAUGAGAUGGAAUUGGCCACCAACUUGCCUACUCCUGAUGGUUAUUUUUACCACGAGAAUAACCUGUUGUCGUCGAACAGGACUCAGUCGGACUCAACAGUAUUGUGUACAGACGAUAGUUCAAAACAAAACAAGGAAAAUAAUACAAAUACGUUCACUUGAAAGUUAAAGCCGUUGUUUGUCGGUCUUCAUGGCGACUAUGAUCAAUCGUUGGGAAAUAUACAUCAUGGAGCUUGGGUAGGAUUACCAGAAAAAGAAAAACAGAGGCAUUACCCAACAUCGCUAUACAGAUGAUUACAGAGAGUAUUACUGAUUUCCAUGUUGUAAAAUAGGACACAGAGAAUCCGAGCCAUAAAACUACCGAAGUAUAGCCGCAGAUGUUGUUAAAUUUGCAUUCAUUGGCGCUACAAAUACUCGGACGAACGUUUCUUGAUCGGAUGAUUAGAAGUGUUGCUAUCAGUAGAAUAAAGACAUUGUAUGCAGCCGGGAUCAAAAUACCAUUUUCUUCUAUUUGGCACGUAGAUUCAACAUAGGCUUCGUUCAAGUCGGUCAUGGUUGUCUCCCAUCUUACAGGAUAUGUUACAGCACACAGUAUUACUAUGACCAACUGGAACAGACAAUAAUGACGCUAGAAUUCAUAAUGCAUUAUGGAUUGAUUGUUUCGUUUACUUUCGACCUUGUUAAAGUGUACGGACACCUCAUGUGAAUAGUCUAUAGCUGUACAUGUUCAUAAUUAAGCAUCUAAAGUAUUAAAGAUUUCAGUUCCUAAUGAGCUUAUUCUCUUUGUCUUUUACGGUUUGGCGCUACCAAAACUUUUAUAUUAGCAAAUCAUAUGGUAUUUUAAGUUUAUAAAAAAAAACACUAGG